AUCGGCCAGUGGUGGCGGUCGCUUUCGACUGUGCUCGGAAACCCCCGUCCUCGCUUUCCCCUGCUUCUUUCCACACCAGCAGCAUGGACGCUGUACCGCUUCGCUUGCUGGUGGACAUGAUUGUCCAGCGAGCGUACAAGGACCUCGCAGACAUGACAGAGACCGUGGCACCGGCGAGACAGCGGCAACAAGAGUUGAUGCGGUACUUGCACGAGGCUCGACAACGGUUCAUGCGACUGUUGGUGAUACUUCGAUGGCUCUCCAAGAGCGGGCAAGCCGACAACGUUGCGACGCUGGUGCAAGCGACACACAUGAAGCAUCUCACCGUCUUGGAGACUGCAAAUGCGCUGCAUGGGCAUGUAGAGUCCAUGGCAAUGGCAACGCUUCCCAGCUACGACGUGCCGCACGCUGUUGACGUGCUCGGGUCUGGGGAGUACCCGCGGAUGCCACGAAACAUCGAGUUGCUGCUGCCGGAGCCGCCGCUGCUGAAGAGCGACGUCGACCGCGCACUGUCGUGGCUCCACAUGCAGAUCCGCGGACGCCUGGCCGACGAGCCGGCCCCACGCGGGCUCUCCGCCGUCACCAUCGGCAAGGGCCGGUUGACGCUGACGUGUGGCGGGCUGUACAGCAUGGCGUUUACAAUUGACAACAACUCGGCAACGUCGCCGUGGCGGCUGCUCACGGUGGACGUAUUUGUUCGCGAUGAGUGGCGCCUCGACGCACACGCAGCACCUGCGUCGUGCGAGCGGCUCGUCACUAGCCCGCACAUUGAGCGGUUGCGCCGGCUGCUGAAAGGAAUCCUGGACACAACGCGGGACCAGCCCCUCUCCCGCUGCUGCGCCGCCAUCCACACAUUCUGCCUCUCGUUGCAGCUCAACACCAUGGCUGCACAGGCGGAGGCGCUGCAGAGGACGAAGUGGGGCUCGUCGGUUGUUGUCGACGCGUCAUCCUCGCCCUCAUCGCUCAAACUGAGUUUUUGGCCGGAGUUCAAGCGACUCGUGUCGCGUGUCGAGUCGUAUGAUGAACUCGAUGGAAACCAGUCGUCAUCACCACCAUCGUCAUCAUCAUCAUCAUCAUCAUCAUCAUCGUGGUUGGCGCUGGUAAAGGCAGCAGCCGGCGCAGCGCCACCACCCGGGUCAACACAACCUGCAUCACAAUCGUCGUCGAGAGGAGGUGGAGUGGAGGGCUGGGCCAGCGCGACGCUUGAGAUUGUGAGUCCGCUGCGGCCACAAACGCCCACAACUGGCAGCAAACAGGCAAGAGGACACCACGCCAACCACAACCACGCCAACCGCACCAGCGACGACAGUGGUGACAACAGUGGUGGUGUUGAUGAGGGCGCAAACAAUGAAGCCAUGCCCCCAGUGUACGAUAGUUUUGACUUUUACAUUGACGUGAAGCCGACACCAGUUGUUGGGAUGGACGGCAGCGAUUACGACGCGUGCAUGGGGCGAUCGCCAAAUAUGCAAGCACUGCUGACUUGUGUACAGCGUCGCCUGUCACAUCACUUGCUUGCAAGCAUUCGCGAGCAGCUGGCGGCAAGCGCGCUUGUUGCGUCAUGCGCAGCGAUGGUCUCCUUUGGGCCAGCGCCACAAGAUCCGACAACACCAACAGCAGCAACUACAACUACAGCUACAACAACAGCAGCAGCAGCAGCAACACAACCAUUGUCAUUGUGGAGGAUGGGCACGAGGUCUGAAGGGCGAAGCGGUGGCGUGAUGGACACGCGAUGGCACGAUGUGGCAGAUGAUGAUGGCGGUGCUGGCAACAAUGAUGAUGAUGUUGCUGAUGAUGCGAUGUGUGUGAACGUCACGUUCCCCAUUCGCGUCGAGGCCACAGCAGCCAGUGCCGCCGCUGCUGCGAUGAAGAGCGGCGAUGCGGAGGACAGCGGUCCCUCGCUUGGCACCACAUCAUCACCCUCAUCCCCCGACGUUACAGCGCUGGAAACGCUGACCCCAACGGAGGAGCGGCUAUCGCUUCGCGUGUGUCCGGAUUCUGGGCGCCUGUUCCUGACCACGUGCCUGCAGGCAACAGAUCUCCAUGCCGUUGAGCAGGCAAUCAACUUUGAUCCGCUCCAGGCGCCAAGCUGCAUGCAUGCGGCCAUGAGGACGUGCGUAUUGGAUGCGGUGAUUCGUCGCAUUGCGUCCUCUUCCUUUGCGACAGAAGUCAAGAUGACGUCUCUUGGCGGGCUGAGUCACGUGCUGGAUGCGGACACGCUUGCCUUCUCCCGCUGCUUCAUCUUCCUCGACUACCCCGGCCACGCCCUGUUGCUGUCUGUGUCUGCAUCGCUGUCCAUGCGCGUGCGAAUGCUCGCGUGUCACAUUGAGGCACCGUACGAAGUUGCUGCCUCCUUCCCCGGCCACACCGCCACCAGUCCGCACAUGUCCUCAUCCUCCUCCGUCGCCACCGCCAUGCUAGCAACAAACGCCAAAACCAACAGCGCUCGCGCAGGCAGCACGAGCUCGCCUGCAUCUGGCGGCGGUGGCAUGACACCAUCGUCGUCGACGUCACUUGGUCUCUCUGCGCCGAGCCGUGGCAACACACCUGCGCAGACACCAACAUCCGCGGGCGCCACCCACUCGUCGCUGGCGCCGUCAUCAACAACAGCGCCUGCGCCGGCUGUGCUGCGUGUGUACGAUUCUGCACGGGCGGUUGUAGCGAGUGCGCUGCGGAUGAGCACGUGCGAGAUGCGGCAAGCGGAGGGGCGGCGGUGGGAUCGCAUCUGCCAGGCAGCCGAGAUGGAGGGCGCUCUUCGCGUCGACACCGUCAUGGACAUUCUUGUUGACAAACACCAACACCAACACCAACACCAACAGCAGCAGCAGGGGUUGGCAGAUGCGCGCUUCAAUUGGAGCGAACUUGAGCAGCGGCGCCUGCAGCGCCAGCUCGCCGUGACGCGCUUUGCAAUGCUCCUCUCAUGCGUAUCACGACAGCUGCGAAGCGACAGUCUCCGUCACUCCCCACUCAUCUCCCUCAGCGAUGCGCAGUCGUGGUCGCUGCUGGAGACGGGCGUGACGUUCCGCAUCUUCAACCUCGCCACCUCCCCGCUCGUUCCCCUCAAGUCUGCACACCUGCACUGCGCAGCCUCUGGGAUAUGCCGGUGGCAAAUUGCCAUGGACACAUCCCGGCUGCCGUCGUGGCUGCACCAGCGCCAGACCGUGGCUGACAACGACUCGCUUGCUCUCAAGGGCCGCUUCGAUUGGGCUGCAGGCACUUUCACCGCAACCAGCCUCACCCCUGCUGGGUGCUUGGAUGCGCUGCAGCGGCCGUGGUAUUCACACAUGAAGUUCCUGCAGACGGUGUGCAUGCUGCGUGACGAAUCACUGCCGCACCACAAGCUGCUCUCGCUGCACUCGUUUGGCGCCGACGGGCUGGAAAUUGGCGUGCACUGGAAACCAAACGCAGACAAGGUGGUACCAACAUCGUCCUCUACAGCAGCAGCAGCAGGUGCAACCGCGGGCGCAGGUGCAGGAGGAGGAGGAGGAGGAGAUACCAACGUCAACAGCAGCAGUGCCGUGCUUGGCGAUGCGUUAACGACCACCACCUCCGUUGCCAUUGACGCAGCCACAGCAGCAGCGUCUGCCACCAGCGGCCACGAUGGCGUGCUGGGCAACAUCACAACUGCCGGCCUGCCCACAUCCGGCAGUGCCGUGUCGCCAGCGCCACCAUCGCCGCCAGCGGAGGAGGAGCCCCAGCUGCUCGUGCUGAUGCGGUUUGUGUGGCAACACUCCCGUCAGGAGUUUGAUGUCUCGCACCGCUGCCCGCGCGCCGUUGGGCCGGACGUUGAGCUGACACUUGAUCGCGUGCGUGCGCUGUUCACGUUUCUGCUCAACAAGCGCAAGCACGGGCUGUCCAUUUUGCUGUUCAAACUGGCGUCCAUCCAGCCCACGCUGCGGCUCAUGUUCACGGGCCCGCGGUUUGGCCUCAAGGUGUUCCCUCGCACGUUCUCCCGCGUGUUUGUGUCGUACCGCCAGUCGUUUGUGGGCGAAUUCAAGUUCUGCAGCAACGGCGCCGUGCUCGUGCGCGACAUCUUCCAAACGGCGUUUAGAACGGAGCCGGCUGUGCAGUACUUGGCCAGCCCCAUGCAUCCCAUGCCUAGGCUCCAGCCCUUCAUCGCGCACCUGGCACAGCGGCUGAUGCAGCGGCGCAAGGGCUUCAUUGCCAUCCACGGCAAUGUUGUCAUGGCGGACGUGCGGGCGCGCCAGCACGUGUUGCCGCUGAGAGACGGGGACGAGUGCGAUGCGCUGACCAGGUACCUGAGCAUCGUCGGCGUGUGCGAGUGUCUUGCUCGCCUGUGCAAUCAGCUGUCCGGGGCCACUGUGACUCAGCAACCAACGCGGGAGAACCCUUUGCUUCCGCUGCAGAUGUAUGUGCCGCCAGCAAAACUGACGCUGGUCAUUGAGAACUUUUCGCGCUUGGUUGCGUCGUGGUCGUUUGAUGAAGGGUCGCCCUCGUACACCUCAGACAUGCUCAUGGUCUUGCAAGACAUUAUCGACAAGAAGGUUGCCGCCCCGCCAUUCCCGGAGGCAGCUGCAUCGCUCUUCCUGAAACUUCUGCUUCUGCCCAUGAAGCAGGUCACCGACGUCCUCUCCGUCUGCCGAUACAUGGACGCUGGCAUCGAUCUGUGCGUGACGCCACCAGCCGGCAUCGUCUUUGCGACCGAUGGCGACACAGACUGCUUUGCCAUCGCAAGGAGCCCUGCGCCGCCUGGCCAGGCCCGGUGGUUCGGGGUGGUGUUUCUGAUUCGCGGACCAUCAAAUGAGCACCACGUCGUUCCACUCCAACUGUCUGUGACACAGGACCGCAUGUCGCUGUGGCCGCCAAACAAACACAAGACGCACCCGCGGCGGCUGCUGGCGUUCAAGCAGGCGGCGGCGUUUAUUCAGGCAAACGCAGAGAAGUGGCGCACGGUGACCAUGCUGUUUGCGCUGUGUGAGCACCUCUACUCGAACCACGACGACCUCAGCCUCUUCCCGACCAUCGCACAACUGCAGCAACUGCCAUCAAAGUAGCACAGCUGAGUGCUUGUUUCUUGUGUUGUGUUACGUUUGUGUGACUGUAUGUUGGGGGUUGGCUGGAGCUGCCACAUGUGCACAUUGCUUGGAAUUGGAAGGUAUUGAUUGACAUGAACACGUGCGACCAAGUAAAAGAAGAAGAAGAAG